AUGUCGACUCUAACUCGAGCUUUUACCAAGCGCAACAAGCGCCCCGAGGUCUCUGCCCCCAUGCCCUAUCGUGAGGGCCAAGUCAAAUUCUCCGCAGGCACCAUCAAGCGGGGCAAGAUCUCUGCGCCAGUUGAAUUGUUGUCCACCACCAACAUGCUCGCCUACAAUGCUCCCGAUAUCCACCCAGCUUCUUCUUCGUCGUCGACUUCGUCGUUGCAGUCGCCCGAGGACUCUGAACUUUCUUUUACCCAGCGCAGUUUCCCGUCGCCGACCACGACACCGGAAGUCUCUCCAAUCGAACCCAACCCGCUGUCUGGCUACUUCCCCAAGCGUUCUGCGACCGUGACAAGCCACAGCCGCUCAACAUCGACCGCUUCCUCUACAGAGGCCCCCCUGAUACCUAAGCGCGCGCUCUCGCAUACGAAGCGAACACAUCAAGAGUUGGCCCGCAAACGAUCCGUGUCGCGGAUGUCUCCUCCGCCAUUGAACUCCGUCCGCAGCACUCCCCCGACCCGACUAUCGCUUGACUACUAUAACGCGGAGCCCCAUCCAUUUGGAAAAGAGCUGGAACAGGUCAACGAGGUGGUCGAGGAGUUCGGUGGGGCGCCUCUAUUUGACGAGGAGGAGCGCGUUCUGCACAGCAAAGGGCUUCGGAAGUUUACAGUAGACGACUAUCUCGUGGAGAUCGACGACCUUUACGGUAGUAUCUUCAACGAUCGGCUGGGGCCGCUCGCAUCGACGUCCUGGCUAUAA